GACUUCCAAUGCGUGUUCGUGUACGACAACGUCGCGUCCCUGCAGCUUCCGCGCCCGGACACAGUGUAUCUGCUGGACUGGGAGCAGGGGAAGGUGAUGUGCUAUUGGAAGAUGAGCGGGCCCGACGGGGUAUGCUUCACAUCGCUCGCACUGGCACGCUCGUAUGACUAAACCGGACGCUUGUAAGGCUCUGUACGCCGAGUCUGUACGGCGGAAGGUCGAAUCCGUGCGCAAGGACGCCGUGCUCCUGGCGUCGCUGGACAUCUCGCGCAUCCACGACGCCCCAACGCACCCCCUGCCGCGAUACCGCAUCGCCGGUGUCCCAAACCACAUCUCCGCGUCGCGCAAGCGGCGUCGGGCCCUGCAGCCGGUCCAGGAGCCCCAGCCCAAGAAGGCCAGGACCGCUCAUCCCGAGGACCCCAAUAAUGAACCGCGGGACGAGAAUUCCGCUGGGGCGGCCGCCACAACCGCCGUCGGGCAGGGUUCUCACGCGAUGGCUCCCGCUAGCAGGGCUCCUCUGGCUCCUGUCGCGAAUCAGAACGCGCCUGCCCCUGGCAAGUCUGCUCAGUCUGUGCGACUUGGUACCUCGGCUGGCCCCGCUGCGCGUCCGACGGAGUUUGGGUUUAUUUCUGGCGGCUGUGGAACGACUGUCGCGACUGGCAUGGCAGCUCCGGGUAUCAUCGUCAAGGCCGAGGCACAGGACGACCGAGCCAUACUAAACGUGUCCUUCAAUACUACCCCGGACGGCGCCGAUAUGAAGGUCAAGGCCGAACCGAAAGUCGAGCUCGCCCUGCAGCGCGGUGCCGAGGACAAGAUGGAGGCUCUGCGCCGCGAGAUAUUGAAGACGUACGACUCCGACGUGCAGUCCCUCGCAGACAACGCUCGCCUCCGCGAGGCGAUCGCGCAGAUCCAGAAGCGCGUUGACCGUCUGCGCGCGGGAGGGGACCGCCGCGCCGAGCAGUCUAGGCGGUCGUGGCAGGAGUUCCAGGUGAAGCUGGGCAGGGGGCGGCGGGGGUAGGGUCCGAUCCUGGGUCGAUGUUCUUGUGCGAACGUCGGUGUGCUGGGGUUGUUUGGUUGUUGUUUGUGGUGCGGCGUGUAGUGAUGAUGGAUCUGCGUUAUCCUGCCUGGAGAGCAUUGCUUGACGCGUGAUGUGGGCCCGGCUGGUAC